CAGGAGGGUCAAAGGCAAAAGGAAAGUUAAUAAUGCCUGCUAAUGGUACUAACAAUUCAGGAUGAAUCUUGUCAAAAGUUUUUCUGGAAGUGUGGGUCUUUGAUUGUGUGUUUCCUGAAAGCAAGACCAAUCAUUUCCGUUUAUUCACUGGCUAAACCCCUACUUGAUUGGGGACAAGGACAGAAACCAUCCAUUACGAUCUGAUAUAUUAUCCAAACAAUUUAGUGUAUUCAUGAGGUAACCGAAACGUGGGGGCUGCGAAAUUACCCGUAAUCAAUUGCAGCAGCGAGUGUGCGUCCCCCCGGGUGUCGGACAACUACAACUCGCCGUCUCAGAAACAGGCGGGAGCCGCAGCAUUUCGGAGUUGCGCUGUUCGCUACCUGAUCGCCAGGCUGGGGACACUGGACGUGCUCAGAGGACGCGGGUGCUGACGAGGCGGCCUCGCUGCAGCUCCACCGGGAUCCUGGACCAGACUGGCCGCCUCUCGGCGAGCGCGCCACUCUCCCGUAGCCGCUGACCCGCGCGCGGCCGCCGAAGCCUCCCCGCGGGGACAUUCAUUCUUGCCCCUUGCCUGUCGCCGGGCCGGGCGUACGGGCCGCGUUGUCGGGGGUUUUGUUCCCUUUUUCCUCUUUUUUUUUUCCUUCUCCCCCCUCCCCUUUUUUUUGCUUUUUUUUUUUUUUUCCUUUCUGUUGUUGUUGUUGUUCUUGCCUAUGUUCGGGAAACCAGACAAAAUGGACGUUCGAUGCCACUCGGACGCCGAGGCUGCCCGGGUCUCGAAGAACGCGCACAAGGAGAGUCGGGAGAGCAAGGGCGCGGAGGGGAACCUCCCAGCCGCCUUCCUCAAGGAGCCGCAGGGCGCCUUCUCAGCGUCGGGCGCUGCUGAGGAUUGUAACAAAAGUAAAUCCAAUUCCGCAGCCGACCCGGAUUACUGCCGCCGGAUCCUGGUCCGAGAUGCCAAGGGGUCCAUCCGAGAGAUCAUCCUGCCCAAGGGCCUGGACCUGGACCGGCCUAAGAGGACGCGCACGUCCUUCACCGCGGAGCAGCUCUAUCGGCUGGAGAUGGAGUUCCAGCGCUGCCAGUACGUGGUGGGCCGCGAGAGGACCGAGCUCGCCCGGCAGCUUAACCUCUCCGAGACCCAGGCAAAUAGUGAAGAAAAUAAUGAACGAUUCAAACGCGGGAUAAAAAAACAAAAGAAGAAAAGGAAGAAAGAGCCAGCAAAUGAUGAGUCUCGGCGUGGAGACUCCGGGGGCAGAGGGUGGCAGCCCCUAUAGUGCGGGGCCCUGCGACUGGUACCGUGAGCGCCUGGGAUGAGGUUUGGGCGGAUUUCGGGUUUCCGGAGAGGCAGAGACGCCUGGUUACGACGAUUUGUUCCACUUCCUUGAGUGUUUCGCUCUCGAUUUCUCUAUCUGUCCCUCUGAGGUCGGCCCCUCAGACCCUCCUCCUUAAUUUCCCACUGCGUAGUUCUUAGUUUAUUUAGGAACUCAUCUCUGGGCACUAUAAAGUCCCUGCCUCCUAAUGCUACGUUUCUAGAGUCUUCCAGCUGCAUCUUUAUGCCGGCAGCAUUUUGGAUUUUGUGCAAUCAUGGGCCCAGAAUAGGCAAGGUUUUAUUUUCUUCUGACUUAGAAUAAGUCUCGCCAUCGUCAAAGAGAAACUUUGAAGGAGCAGGAGACCGAAAUCGAUAUUAAUUCCCGCAAAGAAACCUCCUCACCCUGGUGCUUAUGCGGUGGUGACGGAUGUACACGUUGCAAACAAAUCUUGGGAAGCGAGGAGGGCCGGGGAGGACACUUCUGGACACGCUCUUCUAAAGCGUGUGCAGCACUGGGCGAAGUCCGCGCUGCGGGUGCAGCGGCCCCGGCUGCUUCUUGUAGCGCCUGCACACCUGGGUGUUGCAGGGACCCGCAGCUCCCGUGCAGCACCGGCCCUAGCCAGGCCUUACUGCCCCUACUCGUGUACUGUGCCUGAAGCUGGAGUUAGAGGCACCCAAAAUAAGGCGGGGCACAGUGUGGGCCGCGGAGUCCCUGAGCCUUGAGCUCGGCUUUUUGCUGAGAUCACAGCAGCCGCCCACAGACAGUUCACUUUUAUUUCUCAAAGUUGCUGCAGAUCCCUCAGCUUCGCUUCUCUUGGCUCUUCCUCUCCCUGCCCGCCUCUCCUUACUUUCUCUUGCUUGAAACUGCUUUUCCUUUUCUACUCUUUUCUUCCGCGCUCCUGUCCCGUAAACGCCUGCGCUUCCUCUGAGUUCUCUCUCUGAGUGGUGUGGGCUCCCCUCUCGUUCCCCCUGUCUCCCUCCUCCAUUACGUUUUCCUUCCAGGUCGGUCUCUCUCUCUCUUUUGGUUUUCUGGUUUUCUUCUCCUGCUCAAGGGGUCCCAAAGGCCAAGGCAGUGGGUGGCUCUCGCUGUAGCUUCAAGGCUGGUGGCUGGGGCCCUCCAGGGGUGAGAAGGAAGGGAGAGGGUGGCAUAACUUUUUGGAACAAAAGAAAACACAAAAUCCUAGCUUGGGAUUCCCAACAAAUUCAGCCUCCUCUCCCAGGGGCCUCAGCCUGGGAAGUCACCAAGCAGAUCCCUCCUUCCAGCUUCCUGCUCUUUCUCCUUUUUGCUUUCUUACCCCUGAAAGAGGGAAGGACCAGUCACCUCAUAACUUCUGCUCUCACCUCCCUUCCCUCCCGGGCUUUGGGAAGAGCUGCUGAGCUCUUUGCCUGCCACUCAGGGAGUGCAGUUGUUCUUAAAGAGCCUCUUCUGCAUAGAAAAAGAAUUGCAAUUUUAAUUUAAAAACAUUUAUAGAAAAUUCAUUUAAUUUUAGUGACUAUCUUCUUUUCCCUCCUUCCCCAAGGGCCUCCAGUAAGCUGCCUUGGUCCCUGGAGGCUUCUGGCUUCCAACUGGAGACUCACAGGCCUUGGAGGAGGAGGCAGGUAGCCUCUAUGCCAAUAGCUGGGCCUGCCUGGGGAAAGGUGGAAGGAGGAACAGCUGCAGGAGGGGGGAGCUGAAAGGAAUCUGAUGCUCAGGCCUGCACAAAGCAACAGCCAAAUUGUUUCAGAGCAGAAAAGAAAAGGGGAGAAAACCUCUUAGCAAACCCCUGUGAGUUUGGGGAUCAGGUUCAAGAAAGAUGUGGGAAGUCACUUGGAGAGCUAAACGGGACACAUGCUCAUAUCCACACUUGCAGUUGGUCUAACCUUCAGCCAGAAUUUAUUCAUAAGUAGCAUUUGGCAACCCUUUAUAGUUUACAAAUAGCAUUUUACAUACACCAUUCUACUAUUCUUCAUGGUGGCUUUGGGAGGUCCAGCUCUGUUUUAAAGACUCAUAUACAGGACUGGAGCAAAUAACUUGCUCAAAGCCACAUGGCUGCUCAGAACCCAAGAUUGUAAGCUCCCCCUAGGGCCAGAGGCCUCUUUCUUUCAGUUUUUUUCUCUCUUCCCCCUUUGCCCCCUCUUUCCCUCUUCCCUUUCUCCCCUCCUUCCUCCUUUCCUUCUUUUUGUGCCCACAGUGUCUGGAUCAUGGUACCUGAAUUCUUUAGCCUAUUUGCACCCACAUUUGCUAAUGUCCAUAUCUAGCCAUCUAUUACAUCAGCUGCUGAGGAUUUACUUGGUGCACUCAUGAAGAAGUUUGAAUUUCUCCCUCCUUCCUGUUUUUUUUUCCUGCCACUGUCCCAACUCUUUCCCUCUACGUCUCUGUAGAAUGACAUCUUUAAACCCCUUACCCUCUUUGGUCUUACACAUCCUUAAAAAUGAUUAUUUUUAAAUUGAAUUAUAAUAUCCAUGUGGUAUACACUCAUAGGGUAAAGUACACAAAGCUUAACUAUACAAGUUGAUGAUUUACACACACACACACACACACACACACCUUCUUGAAUGGCUCCAAGGAUACCCUUUUAACUUCUUCCCUUCAGCCACAUAAGCCAUAUGAUGACACACAGUGUCUUUCUCCUGUUUGAAAAGAAAUUGUGUCAUAUUGGUGUGUUGUUCUUGCAUAGAAAGCCUUUUUUAAGAAGUCUUUUUAAGAUUUCUUGAAGGAUUUAGAAAUCAUAUAUCUCUUCUAACCCCCUGAAAUCCUGAGUUUAAGUGGCUUGAUUAAAUGGCUGAUCAAAACUUAAAAACAUACUAGGUCAAUGUUUUUCAAGAUACAACUGAGGACCAGCUGCUUCAGAAUCAUCUGGGGACUGGCUAAAAUUCCAGGUUCCUAAGCCCUAGUCGCAUCUGACGAAUCAGAAACUAGGUUGGGGCUUAGGAACAUGCAUUUUAAACACUUUUCCAAAGUGAUUCUUAUCCAGACUAAUAUUUGAGAAGUACUGUAUUAAAUGGCAAACUCCCAAAACACUGCAGCCUCCUGCAUCUGGCCCAGGGCCUGGCAUUUGGUAGGAAUACAAUGAAUGUUUGUUAAACAAAUUAAUCCACAGUUUCUGACACAGUUUAGAAUUUCUUGGACCACAUUAUGCUAUUGUAAUUUAACACCAUUUCUACGUCGGGAAAUCUUUACAUUUCAGAGUCUUUUUCAUUUUCAUGGAGGUUUCAUUUUAAUGGAGCAGGAGAGAAAAGAGAGAUCUACUUUGGUGGUUUCUCAGGUCUCAGGGAAGGUCUUUUAUAAACUAAAUGGGGACCACCUUCCUGGAGAGGCUGCUCCCUUACAGACCUGGUAGUUUGGGGAAAGGAGGAGGAGAGCCCUUCAGGUUUGCUGAAAGGCAUUCAGAUGCACACCCUUCUUGGUUGGAACUGAAAGCUUCUAUUUGAAGAGACAUGAGUUCUGGAAGGAGCAAAGCCACCAGGUCCAGAGAACCUGGCAUGCAAUGGAAAUGGACAUGGAAGCUGAAAAUUACUUGGGUAUUCUCUGAUUUCUAGCUAAUAUGAAAAUAAUUUUCUUUCUAGAAACACAUUUGCCUAUCUUCUUACCCUGAAACAGAAAAUAAAUAUUGUGCUUUAUGUGGUAGUGUUGUAUCCAUUCUUAAAAAUAAAUCACAUCAUAUAUAUGUGUAAAAUAUA